GUGAAAAGAUGCUUUUGAUAGGAAGAAUGUCAGCUCAGGUUCCAAUGAACAUGACCAUCACAGGUUGUAUGAUGACAUUUUAUAGGAGACUGGGUUUUUCCCUAAAUCUGAGACCAAAAGAAAAUGAGACGGAGAAAGAAAAUUAAAAAGUCUUCGAAGCAAAUUCUCCUUGGAAUCCAUGCAUAUGACACAGAUAAGUGUAGGCGCAGCUGUAGCCAUAGACAUUUAGGCUUGCGCACGCCGGUAGGAGGCAUCAGCGCUACUUCGCCUGCAAAUGGCUUCUCCCCUCCCCGCCACCCCGCCUCCCCGGCCGAGAGAAGGGACCUGACAUUUGUUGAGUGCCUACUGUAUGCAUGCCAGGCUCUCUACAGAUUUAAGAUAAAAUUGAAGGAAGAUAACUUGAUCCUCACCGUAGCCCUUCAAGCUUGGCGUUACUCAUAUCUAAGGAACGAGGGAGCGGAGACCCAGAGGCGGCUGGGUCACAGGCGAUGGCCGGUAUGUGAUGGAUCGCUCUGUUUUAGGACCACGCCGGCAGUGCUCUUCUGGCAGUGGAUCAACCAGUCCUUCAACGCCGUGGUCAACUACACCAACAGAAGCGGAGACGCCCCCCUCACUGUAAAUGAAUUGGGAACAGCUUAUGUUUCCGCCACAACUGGAGCCGUAGCAACAGCUCUGGGACUCAACGCGUUAACCAAGCAUGUCUCACCACUUAUAGGACGUUUCGUCCCCUUUGCUGCCGUGGCUGCUGCUAAUUGCAUUAAUAUCCCGUUAAUGAGGCAAAGGGAACUCAAAGUCGGCAUCCCCGUCACAGACGAGAACGGGAACCGCUUGGGCGAGUCAGCCAAUGCUGCAAGGCAGGCCAUCACACAGGUGGUCAUCUCCAGGAUUCUCAUGGCGGCCCCGGGCAUGGCCAUUCCUCCAUUUAUCAUGAACACUUUGGAGAAGAAAGCCUUCCUAAAGAGGUUCCCUUGGAUGAGUGCACCCAUUCAAGUCGGAUUAGUUGGCUUUUGUUUGGUGUUUGCUACGCCGCUGUGUUGUGCUCUGUUUCCUCAGAAAAGUUCCAUGUCUGUGACAAGCUUGGAGGCCGAGCUGCAAGCCAAGAUCCGAGAGACCUGUCCUGAGUUACGGCGCGUGUACUUUAAUAAGGGAUUGUAAAGUGGGGGAAGAGACUCCAGCUUGUCCCACCUACCACAGCCUGGUGAGGAAAAGCCGGCUCAGCCUGGCUUCUCCCAGUGACAGAAACCUUUUAAAGAUCCACAUUAGCCUUUUAGAGGCGAGCUGCUCCCUACAGCACAGCACCUGGUGUGGGCCAGGCGCCCGACACCCGUCGGCUCCCUUACAUGUGAAUCAUGGUGUAAUUUACAGACAUAUCCUUCCUGUAGCUUUUAUAGUCAUUGUUUUCAAAGACAAUACACCAGCCCUCACCCAGAGUUUUAAAAAGCACUGCUAGGCAUAGAGUAGAUGUUCAGUAUAUACUCAAUAAAUACUUGCCGGUAAUCAGUGAGCAAAAAGGAAAUCUGUUUGAAAUACUGAAUGUUUAUCCUGUUCCUGUUUCCAGUCACUCAGCAGUGAUUUGGGAAAACACAAAAGCUCUGAGGCUAAGGUGUGAAAAAAUGACUCGUAAACAUUAAGGGAAGUUUGCUUCCAGUUGGGCAGUGGUCAGCCCCGCGUAAAUGAUGGGUCUUUUGGAUCUGUGGGAUUAAAAGCUCCUCCGUAUACUUCCCGAAAGGGACGGCAAUAGACAAGUGCGGUAAGCGGUCCCUGCUGUCCACAAUUGUGUGCAUUCCCAUUGCUGGGUGUUUCCUUUGGUUGACUUCUAAAUUUAUUCUGUUUUACAUUUUUAGGAAGUUAAUCUUACCUUGCGCUUGUUGACCUCAAGUCAGUGAUUUACACCAAGUAAUCAAAUAACAGAAAUGUUACACGUGUCAGAUUUGGGAAGUAUAUUCAGUACCAGUGCUGUGUGACUGGGUUGAAUCUGGUUGGUCGAAUUUUUUAGAAGCGAGAGCCCAGCUCUGACUUAGCUACAUGUCUUGUCAUUCUUCUAGAUCUCCUUGGCUUUCAGAAAGACAUGGAAAUAAUGUAUAUGUGAGUCAGUGACUGAAUGAUUUUACUUGAAUAUUGUCUGUGAUUUUCUGCCCUGUUUGAAAAUAACGAAUCCACGGACCGCCGUUUACAUCAUCUGUAGUAGCUUCACCUGUUUUUAACGUAACGGAUCGUGUUCCGCGUCUAUGGAUGUGCCAGGCAUAUGCCAGGUGGUGGUUCUGUUGGGUGGACCACUCGGUUCACUUGUAAUUCAGAGACUUGUAAGUGGGAGAAGGAAAAAUGGAGCAGCUAGUUGCAACAGAUUUUUCCUGACAAUGUGACCAGUCUGCAUUUCCUCAUAAAGAAAAAAUGGUGUGCCUUGUGUCUGUGUUUCUCUUUUCUCUGAAAGGAUUAUGGAUCUGAAGCUUGGGGGCACUGUGAGCCUGCCUCUGUGCCACCAGCAUUUUCUCUCUGAGAUUUUCUGUCUUCAACCAUUUGAGGCAAAUUGGUUCCCCGUGACAUUCUGAUGUAUUUUGCUGGCGUAGAUGCUUCUCUUUAAACAGAGGUAAAAGCCUGAAAUUGAAGGCAGGUCUCCAUGAGGUGCUGAAAGGGGGGCUUUUAACCUAAGCGCUCGAGGCCCACCCCGCCUGCCCCAGCUAAUCUCCGAAUUCACACACACACACACACACACACACACACACACACACACACACACACUCCCAUUAACUGUUAGGUCCCUUUCAGAAUCCUAACCUUCACUGACAUAUUAAUUAGCCACUGGCUUGAAGCUUGAUGAACUAACCGAAAUUUUGCACAUACCAGGAAGACAGGGCCAAAUCACUGUUGUGGAAAGGGUAAUGGAUAUGGAGAUGUGUCUUUUUAAACACUUACCGAGGCUUCCAACUCCUGAUGCUUUUAUAUAGAAAUAUUAACUGUAUCAUUUAAUCACGGUUUAUAAAAAAGGAACAAAUGAACCAAGAUUGGCAAUUUCGCUGAUCUCUUAGAAAUAUCUUUUCUGGAGAAAAGUCCACAUGAAGUGCAAUGAGCUUAUAAAGGUAAAUAGUUAUUGGUAGUUCUAGUCACGUGUUGAUUCUGAUUGUACGUAUUACUGACUGGCAGAUUUUACUUCAGUAUUAGCACAGUGCCUUUGCCAGUGUUGGAGUCCUUGUAUUCUUUCAGUUCGACUGGAUGAAAUGUUAAAUAAACUCAGAAUGAAAAUAAAUUCUCUCUUUUAUUUGUACGUAAA